AACUAAAAACUAAAUCACAGCAAUUUCGUGCGUUAGUGUUUUUUAUUUUAUUUAUUGCAAAUCAAUUUAUUGUGCGCAAUGUGCUUUGAGCGUUUUUAAUGUCAGCCAAAUUUAAGCAACAAGCUAAGCUAAGCGACAGCAAAAGAACUUACCAUAAACAAAUCUAUAGCUGACAAUUAAGUGCAGAGCAAUAUAAACAAAGUGAGCAAAAAGCAACAAGUGUCAGUGCACAGAUCACCCAAGGGCCAAAGCCAACUUAAAUUAACUGAACUUUACUGAGCAGAGCUUAGCAAAGUAAUUGUAUUCCCGACCCGUAAGCGGAGCGAGAAGAACACAAAACCCCCCACCAAACCCCCAACCACACCAAAAAGUUCAUUUUAUUUUCUUUUUUGCUACGCGCACAAAAACUAAACAAAAACUUGAACUAUAGAAUGGUAGAAGGUGAUUCUGCAAAAAAUAAAAGCGAAUCCUAUAAUGUAGAAGCUGGCCUACAACCAAACUACAAUCAGAACAACGCAGCAGCAGCAGCAGCCGCUGGCAACGCAGGAAACAACUCAAGCAACUCGGCAAACCAAACCGGUGCGAAUAGCAAUUCGACAGCGGCAACGCAUAUCGAUAACCGUGCGAUCAUCCAACCGUAUUCGCUUGGCUCGGGCGUCAAGCAGCCGGAAUUUCAAUUCGCAGCUGAUAAUCGCGGCUACGAGGCGGAGACAAAUAUCAAUGGCAAGCAGCAGGACGUAGAGCGUACCGGCGGCGGCGGUGGAGGCGACAACUCCGAUGAGGAUGUGAAGCGUAAGGGACCGCUACCGCCACCAAGCCGCCCCAUUGUCGCCAACUUUGAGCGCGCCAUCGAACUGUGCGGCUAUGGCAAAUUCCAUUAUAUACUGCUGGCCAUUUGCGGCCUGGUCAGUACAUCGGAGGAAAUGGACGUCAUCUCGAUGUCGUUCAUUCUGCCAUCGGCCCAAUGCGAUCUCGAUUUGAAUACCCAAACGAAAGGAUGGCUCAACUCGAUCAUCUUCAUUGGCAUGAUGGUGGGCGCCUAUUUCUGGGGCAGCAUUGCCGACAGUUUCGGACGCAAAAAGGUUCUCAUUGUCAUCUCGUUCAUGAAUGCCUUCUGCAUUGUCGCCUCAUCGUUUUCGCAAACCUUUGGAUGGUUCAUGCUCUUUCGCUUUCUCAAUGGCGCUGCUCUGGGCGGCAGUGGUCCUGUCAUCUGGUCAUACUUCGCCGAAUUCCAACCGAAAGCUAAGCGCGGCUCUAUGUUGAGCUUCAUGGCCGCCUUCUGGACCUUUGGUAAUCUGUUUGUGGCCGGUCUGGCCUGGCUGAUCAUUCCCACGGAAAUUGGUUUCACCUAUAGCACAUACUUCAAGUACAACUCAUGGCGCAUCUUUUUGUUGGUCUGCUCGUUGCCAUCGUUCUUGGUUGGCUUUCUGCUGCUCUAUCUGCCCGAAUCUCCCAAAUUUCUGUUGACGCGCGGCAAGAAGGAUCGCGCUCUGGCCAUUUUCCGUGGCAUCUUCGUAACGAAUACCAAGAAGAAGCCCGAGGAGUAUAUGGUGUACGAUCUGGAGGUGGAUGAGAAACUUGUCCAGGGCAGCAGUCAUGGAUUCAAGGGCAAAAUGAAGCGCAUGGUCAGCGGCAUGGUGGAGCACAGUCGCGAUCUGUUCCGUUCGCCCAUACUGAGAUUCACGCUGGUAUCGAUCACCAUCAAUUUUACAUUCCACAUUGGCUACUAUGGCCUGCUCAUGUGGUUCCCGGAGGUGUUCAAUCGCUUCGAGGAGUUCGAAAAGGCCAAUCCCAAUGAAUCGGCCGACAUCUGCACCGUCACCGACUUUGUUGUCGCUCUCCAUAGCCAAGUAACGAACAACGGCACCUGCAACUCUGACAUUUCGCCCUCAGUGUUCAGGGAAUCGCUGAUCACGCUAGCGUCGGCGCUGCCUGCCAAUCUGUUGGCCAUUCUCGGCAUGGAUAUGCUGGGUCGUCGCUUCUUCCUGAUCGCCGGCACCAUGACCGCGGGCAUUUGCUCGGCGUUGAUGUAUCUGGUGCACAGCUCGUUUCAGAAUCUGUUAGUGUCGGCGGUGUUCAGUGGCGCCAUCUCGGCGGCCAAUGCGGCGCUCGACUGUCUCAUCACCGAAGUAUUCCCCACCAAGCUGCGUGCCACGGGCGUUGCCAUCUCGAUGGUGGCAGCACGUCUUGGCGGCAUCAUUGGUAACAUUGUGAUCGCCCAGCUGCUCGAUCACUUCUGCCCAGUGCCGACCUUUGUGGUGUCCGGCCUGCUCAUUGGCGGCGGUCUCAUGUGCCUGCUGCUGCCCAACACGACGCGCAAGGAGCUCAAUUAAACAACCACACCCACAACACCCAACACCCACCACCCACAAUCCCCAAUCACACACACACAUAAGAAACUCUACAAAAAAGUUACACACAUCCAGCUCAAGCUAAAAAUAUUUCCCUUAUAUCCCAAAAACGCACGCAACAUGAAUUUCC